GGAUGAGCAUCGUUCCCAAGGAGACGAUCGAGGUGAUCGCCCAGAGCGUCGGCAUCCCCACCCUCCCCGCCGAUGUCUCCGCCGCCCUCGCCCCCGACGUCGAGUACCGCCUCCGGGAGAUCAUGCAGGAGGCCAUUAAGUCUAUGCGGCAUGCAAAGAGGACAGUUCUGACCGCCGACGAUGUUGACAGUGCUCUCACCCUCAGGAAUGUUGAGCCUGUGUACGGAUUUGCUUCUGGUGACCCGUUGCGGUUUAAGAGAGCUGUGGGCCAUAAGGAUCUUUUCUAUAUUGAUGACAGGGAGGUAGACUUCAAAGAGAUUAUCGAAGCUCCUCUACCGAAAGCUCCUCUCGACACAGCAGUUGUAGCUCACUGGCUAGCUAUCGAGGGCGUUCAGCCUGCAAUUCCAGAGAAUCCUCCUAUCGAUGCAAUUUCAGCACCAACAGAAAAUAAAAGGACUGAGCAUGUGAAGGAUGAUGGACUACCAGUUGACAUCAAGCUUCCUGUUAAACAUAUAUUAUCUAGAGAACUCCAGAUGUAUUUUGAUAAAAUAGCGGAGCUUACUAUGAGUCGAUCAAACACCCCUAUUUUCAGAGAAGCACUAGUGAGCUUGUCAAAAGACUCAGGCCUUCACCCACUGGUUCCUUACUUUUCGUAUUUCAUUGCAGACGAGGUUACGAGGAGUUUGGCUGACCUUCCUGUUCUCUUUGCUCUCAUGCGUGUUGUCCAAAGCCUUCUCCGCAAUCCACAUAUUCAUAUUGAACCAUAUUUGCAUCAGUUGAUGCCAUCAAUGAUCACAUGCAUCGUUGCAAAAAGGCUGGGGCAUAGGCUUUCUGAUAACCAUUGGGAGCUUAGAGACUUCUCUGCCAACUUGGUUGCUUCAGUAUGUCGGAAAUAUGGCCAUGUGUAUCACAAUCUCCAAAUCCGGUUGACAAAGACAUUGAUCCAUGCAUUUCUUGAUCCUCAUAAAGCAUUGACACAACAUUAUGGUGCUGUUCAAGGGAUAUCUGCAUUGGGGGCCAGUGCUAUUAGGCUUCUGCUUUUGCCCAACCUCGAGACAUACAUGCAACUUUUGGAUCCAGAAUUGCAGCUUGAGAAACAGAAAAAUGAAAUGAAAAGAAAGGAAGCAUGGCGUGUUUAUGGUGCCCUGCUGUGUGCUGCAGGUAAAUGCUUGUAUGAGCGGCUCAAGUUAUUUCCUGGUUUGCUCUCUGCCUCAACUCAGCCAGCUUUGAGGAGUAAUAAAAGAGUUGCAACUAACAACCCAAAUAAACGGAAGUCUAUUACAGAUCUCUCUGCAUCCCAGCCACCUCUAAAGAAGAUGGCAUCGGAUGCAUUGAUGAGCUCCAUGGGUUCAGCAGCUCCAGUAACCAUGCCAGGAACCAUGGACGGGUUCUCUGCCCAGCUACCCAACCCCAUCAUGAUGCAAGCAUCAUCCUCUGGACAGAUGGCAGAUGGCAUAGCAGCAGCAGGCCCGAUCCAGAGAGACCAGGAAGGCAACCACCACGCGCAGAGAGUCUCCACGGUGCUGAGGCAGGCCUGGAAGGAGGAUCAGGAUGCCGGGUAUCUCCUGGCAUCGUUGCACGACGUGUUCGGCGAAGCCAUCUUCUCAUUUAUCCAGCCGCCCGAGAUAUCCUUCUUCCUGUAGAAAGUAAAUUUGUAAUCGACGUGACCUUCAUUAUUGUACCGUUAGUAAGCUCUUCUCAUUUAUCCAACCGCCGAAGAUGUCCUUCCUGUAGAAAGGAAAUUUCAUACAUAGGCUAAGGGUGAAUUAAUCGAUGUAACCUUGGCUGUUGUCGGACCACUAGUGAUAUCUUACUGGGAUUUCGUGAAAUCUCAUGAUGUUGAGUCAUUUUACUGUUGCUUCUAGUCAGUUCA